AUGGCCGCGACAGUGUCGAGCUAUCUCUCAAACGGCUUUCCAAAGCCCGGAGGUAACAAUAACAGCCAGGGCCACCGAUCCACCACCUACAGUGUAUACACAAAUGGAUCGCACACAGCCCACCAAAACACGCUACGGUCGUUUCGCAGGGAGACCACCAAUGCAUCGAACGCAACCGGCUCGGCCAAGAUGUCAGAGACCGUCAACAUAUUGAAACGCCGCUGCGCGGAAGAAUUGGGAGCAGCCAUAUCAAAGGGGAUUGUUAGCUCCUACCCAACUUUGAUGGAGACGAUCAGCAAAGAAAGACUUCACAGACUUCCGACAGAAGGUAGUGCCUGGGACAAGGUGCUUGCCUGGGCUCAAUCAUUCGCAGAAAAGUUCUACGACUUCGACCAAGCUAUUGAACAAUUCACUGGAGGCAACUAUGACGGUGCCGAAAUCGCGUUUGGCUAUUGUAUCUUGUUGUUAGAUCUUGGCGACGAGAACGCUGCUGCUCUACAGGCAUCCUUUGGGUUCUUCUUCAAGUGUUCUCUGGACCUGAUUGCAUUGCUGGACCGAGUCGAGCUGUUCAAUGCUUCCUUCGAUAUCAACGAACAACUUGUACUUGCAUAUGCGGACUUGGUGACUCUUGUGUCGGAUGUUUCUCUUCGAUUCUAUCAAGCGAUCAGAUCGCCGAGUGGAUCAGAUGAAGCCAUUGACAUCUACAGUGCCUUCAGCAACACCAUCGAAAGUUUCCAAAGUCGCCGUGACAGAAUUGUUGAGUCAAUGUGGAAGUAUCAACUCUCCCAGGAGAAUGUCGAUCUGGAUAGCCUAGUUGACUUCAAGACCUUGCGUUCCUGGCUUUCCAUUCAAGACACUAUCUUGAAAUACAAAUAUGGCGAUCACACUAUGCUCGUUAACGACCGUCAACAGCUGACUUGUCUCUGGGCGCAGCCCUAUCUGACCAGAUUCUUGAACAGUGGGAAAGGGUCGCUCGCCAUUACCGGCCCUCCAGGUUCUGGAAAAACUGUUCUUGCUGGGACCAUCGUUGACACUGUCCAACGGAUCCACUCCAAGAACUCGUACACUGUCCUCUUCAUUCCCAUUAAUGGUAGAACGAAGAUACAGGCAUCGAGCUUGCAUGUUGUUCGCAGUUUGUUGUCGCAACUUCUCGAGACACGUGUGGGUAAUGUGGAAUCCUAUAAGAUUCUCACCGAGGCCUACACGACUUCCCGAGAAGCCUCUGAUCUUACGAUAUAUGAGUCCCUUUUAUGGACUGCACUCGAGAAGGUGAUAGCUUCAACACACUCCCAAGCUAAGGAGACUCUAAUCAUCGUCGACGGCCUUGAUGAGGUGUCCAGCGACCCAAAGAUUGCUCAAAAGCUACACCAACAUCUGAUUGAUGCCACCUCAAAGCACGAAAAGGUGAGGCUCAUAACGCUAUCUCAACCAUCUGCACUGGCAUACAGACAGCCAUCUGACGUUGAGGUCUCUUCUGAUCUUAUAUACGACGAUGUUUCGGCGGUAGUGUCGGGCCUGCUCCAUGGCCACCAUUAUCUUGAGAAUGUUUCACGAAUUGAUCAAGAUGUUCUCGUUCAUCAGAUUGUGGAUGUUUCAAAGAGUAACUUCCUUUGGGCUAAGUUGCUGACAAAGUCCCUACUCAGAGAAGCAUCGGCGGAAAAGUUUCUCAAGGCUGCGGCAGCAAUCAACAAGAGCUCGAAAUCACUUCAGGAAGGCAUUCGCGACCAGCUCAUCAGUGCAAAUUUGUCUGAGGAAGGCAAAAAGCUUUUGAUGUGGCUCUCGAUCUCCCAGAGACCGCUGACUAUUGAGGAAUUGUCCUUGUUGUAUGCACUUGAUCUGAAAGCUGGUAUCAUCAGUGACCAGCAGAUCCAGCCAUUACAUGCGUUGAAGCCUGUUGCCUCAUUGGUCUCUCUUGAAGACGGUCUAUUGUACUUGCGUCACUCCGUCAUCAAAAGUGUGGUGUCAGAAUAUUUUGAACUCAGCAUGCAAUCGUCCUUUGAGCUUGUACAAAAGCUACUGCUCUACUUGAAACUCAGUGUCAAGGACCACAAAGAGCCUUCCUUCUCGUCCUUGACAUCUUCUCACAUCAACCAGAUCUUCGACCAGGCGCCCCUUGCGGAGUAUGCCACAAGAUAUUGGGUGAUACAUUAUCUUGAGAUGUCUCCGCAAGCUCGAAGUAACACUACAGAAUUGAAGAAGGCUCUCCUUCCUGUCCUUCCAUCUUUGGCAACGAUUUCUCUACUUGAAAAGGCCAUCUGGGCCUGGGAACCCGUCACGCUCCAAGUAUCAUGGCACACUACCUCCCUAGACAUACGCCGGAAGGUUCUCAACGCCAAUAAUCAAGUCGUAUUACAGACCCUGAUUGUUCUCGCCACAAUCUUGACUGAGACAAACCAAUUCAAGUCUGCUAGUGAUUAUUUCUACUCAGCUACUCAACUUACCGCAAGCAUCUUUUCAACUACCCAUCCUUUGUACAGUCGGUGUGCUAGUCAAUUCCUGGAUGUUACAAGCACCUUUACCCUGACAACACGAAACGACAUUGUUUCGCGGAGAGAAGAGAUUCUUACUACGCUCAUCAAAACCUACACCGCUCAAUACGGAUCUACAUCUGAGGUGGUACUGAAGUACAAAUCUCAGCUCGUUGAACUUUACAGAUCGAUCAAAGAAGAGUCAAAGGCGGUUGAGAUUGAGAAGACGAUAUACACUCACGACACCCAGGAAGCCGAAGAUCGUGGAACUAUCAAACGUACCGGAUCUCUGGGUGUCCGUGUUGUCUCACGCCGUGGCAGGGACCAAGAGUACGAGGCUUGGGAUUGGAAUGAAGAGCAAGACCAUGAUACACUCAUUCGAGCAGAAGGCCACAAGUAUAUUGAGGAACUGCUUCAGUCCGCUCAGAGCUACGCUACGAAGGGCCUCAUUGCCAAAGCUGAGCACGCAUAUAUUGAAGCCUGGCAUCAUCUUUCCAUUCAAAGCCAUACUGCUGAUUCAGUCAGCUUGGUCCGCAAAAGAAUCGACCUAGCUACCCAAUACGCCGUUUUCCUUCAAUCAACAAAACGGUCAAGCGAGGCUUCGGCAUUGUUGGUUGGACUUUGGGAAGAGUAUCAGUCAACCUCAGUCGCACGCUCACAGGAAAUCAGCUCGCGACUUUUCCAAGUUGGGAAGAUUUUGAAGACGGUAGGCGUGACUGCAAUUGCUCUGGAGAUCUUCAAGCACCAUUCGUCUACCAUAAAAGCCUCUUCAAAGGUGGAGAGCUCGCUCUACAAGGAGGUGGAAGAGCAGGUUCAGUCAACUCAACGCGAGAUUCUCAAACAGGCAUCUUCCUCGUCGAGCUCCGAAACACAGAUCUCUCAGUCGAUGGUUACUGAGAUUAUAACCAGCAUAGAGUCUUCGCACACAACGCAGCUAGACAUGACCUCAACGACAGCAAUCAAACAGGUUGUAUCUGCCUACAUUGAACAAAAGCGGUGGAAGGAGGCCACUUCGACCAUCAAACAACUGCUGCGAAUCAUCUGGGCAAGCUUCCUAUCUACUUCAAUUGAGGAUGUUGCACAACCCGCCACCAAUCCUGAAUUUGCCCUGGAACUUGCUGACCAACUCAUCGUUGCCUAUGAGGCACGCUUGCGCUGGAUCAAGGCGCAGGACCUCAGAGAACGCCUUUAUUACGCGGUCAAGGCAACACGAAAAGUCGACGACAGCAUUGUGAAGUAUAACUUAGCCAACCUGCUCAGAUUGUUUGAACAGAACCGAGCCCGAGUUAAGAUAGUCCAGAUUCACCAAGAACUUCUGGAGGAUUACAAGAAGUUCUACGGACCAGAGCACCCUCAAGUGAUCAAGACCUUGUGGACUCUUGCUGAGCUCACAAACCCGCAACCCAUCUCCAUCGGGUAUUACAGACAUAUCGUUGAUCUGUUAACAAAGGGCUCGGAGAGUUGUCAUCCUGAAGCACUUGAUGCUCUCAUUCCCCUCGCUGAUCUUUAUUGGCUUGAACGACGUUAUCAGGACGCCGCGUGGGCAUACUCGCUGCUGCUGAACACCUUCGUUCAUAAAGGGAAAGAAUUAAAGCGGUUCCACAAUACCACGUUCGUAUCCACGAUAUAUGACCGUUAUGUGGAGAGCAUCCAGAGUUCACGAUCGGAGUCCACUCUCGUUUACGAGAUUACAAAGAGAUAUCGCCAGGCCUGCAUAACAGUGUACGGAGCCGAGCACAAGUUUACCCAGGAGGUCACCUUGAGUUUUGCGCGUUUGUGCAGAGUCUCCAAACGUCAUGAGACCGAGGCCGUGGCGUUGUAUGAGGAGCUCGCAAGCAAUGCCAAAGCAACCGAGUACCAUGCUGAAGCCAGAGCAAGCCUAGAUGCCAUCUACGAAAUGAGGGCGUUGGAGGCAGCUCGAAGUACCAGCAUCACUGCAUCCAAGGAGCAGGUUGAACGCGCCGUGACUGUUGUUCGGAAGCGUAUGAUAGAGACAAGGACUCACUAUGGGUGGGCCCAUGAAGAGUCGCUCGAACAACUCAAAGAGGUGUCUCACCUCUAUGCCAAGCAGUCCAAGAAGGUCGAGGCUGUCAAAGAACUCACCGAGUUCACCAGUCACGUCGUGACCAGCGAAACGAGUUCUACUAGGCUUAUCAGCGCUGCCUCAGCUGUUGCAGAGAGCUUCAUUGCGGUCAGCGAGACACACCAAGGAUUAGAGCUUGCUGAGGAGCUUCGCUGGCAGCUGGUAACAAAGGACACCAGCAACUCCAAGAAGUACAAGCUUGACCUUGCAACGGCCAAUCGCUCCAGCGCCAUCUACAUCGCACAAUUGGAGUACAGUCUCAGGCAGGACUCACUGCAGUCAUUCAGUGACAUUUACCUUUCUAUCUUAACCGAAAUUGUGUACUACGAGGAUUUCCAACGUUCCAUCCGCAGUAAUUCGUCCUUCGAAGAGGUCUAUGGUAUUGCGGCUCGACUUCACUCCUUUUUAAAGGAGCAGGGCCGCACGACAAUGCUGGUGCACGUACAGGAUGAGCUGGUGAGCUUCUUCCUCAGAUCCUCUGGUGAAAAGGCCAAGGUUGGAGACGUUGCCCAGGUUAAAAUCCUCGUCACGACGCUCCUCGAGUACUUUGAGAUCCAUCGAAUCAAGUCAUUCCUCGUUUCAGUCCACCUCGCAAGCAUUGAAGCCAUCAGGGGUUUCCUCAAGCGUGGCCAAGACAAGCAGGCUUGCGACCUUGCUCAGACCGCGUUCCGUUAUAGUCAUGCUCACAGCUGGUACAAUACACCAGGAGCGAUCAAGCAGGGCCUCGUCUUGGCAACGACCCUCGCCGACAUCCACAGUCACAAGAAAUCUCGUCAUGCUCAGAUCCAGAUUGCCAGCCAGAUUGUGCAGCAGGUUCUGGAGUCUGCGAAAUCCCUCAGACUCAAUCUCACCGUCAUCCCUCUGAAGGAGCUGAAUACCAUCAUUACGAUCCUGGGCGAGCAAAAGGACUUUGUCACACUAGAGUGGCUACUUACCCAACUUUGGGACGCUCGCGAAUCCCAUGCAUCCUGGGGACCUUCGGUUGUGCUCACACUUGGCCGCAGACUCGUGCUUGUUCGCUUCCUUCUCAAGCAGCACGAUCUCGCGCUGAGCCUCGCGGCUGACAUUGCUUACAACUUACGCCGGGUCUACGGCUCGUCGCACGUCGUAACGCUGGAGAUGAACAUUCUCCUCGGCCAGCUUCUCGUCAGCACAGGUCUUGCCUUGCAAGGCACUAAGGGAGCAGAAGAGAUUGCGCGCAGAUACUACAAGCGUGCAGUUGGGGUGCACGAGAAUGUUCUGCGUGCUUUGACACUUGACCCCAUGGGGCUCCACGAGGAUGAUGACGUUACAGUCUUGUCGACCGAUCCAGAGCCUGUGGACCUUGCAGCUCUCGGUCUUGACAAGGCCGCAUCUCAGGGAACAUAUGCCCGUCGCCACCUGAGGCUGCUGAAAUUGGCAUUGGAGCGUUUUGGCGACUAUCCCAAGGGGUACGCUGAGUACGAACAGCUCAAUGCCGACGCAUUUCGCACGUUCCCAGAGGACUUGCGCGGCGUAGAGGGUGUGGAGAAGUGGGACAUCAAGAAGUUUGGGCAUGGCAAGGCCGAAAGCGAUGAGGGAGCUUUGGAUGUCAAUGUCAAGGACUGGACACUGACGCUGGAGAAGAUUGAACGUAAUGGUGAGGUUAAUGGUGUCGAUUGA